AUGGAACCUAGAGUGGUCAAACCCCCUGGUCAGGAUCUCGCAGUGGAACGUCUCAAAAACCUCUACGGACUAAGGGGCAGCUUCCACGAAGAGUACGAGUUUACAGAUUUUGUUCAGGCUAAAUGUAAGAGGAGAUCUCUAACUUACCCAGAUGACUUAGAUAUCUAUUCAUCUGGAGAUAAAGUUGGCUCAUCAUCAAGAUUUUGCUCUGAUGAAGGAAAACAUCUUACAACACCUCUUUGCAGUUCAUUCAAGCACUUAAAUAUGAAUUGCCUAGAUGAUGACCUGGAUUUUUUUCAUGAUUUGAAGCAACGGGAAAUAGAAGAGUUAAUUGAGAAGGAUCAUAAAGGUAGUGCCUCCAGAAUAUCCAAGCAAUCCUUUAAAGAAAUAGAUAAAGGUAAAAUAAAUUGUGAAACUGCAGCACAACAGGAAUUUGCUGAAGAACUUCAAAAGCGAGAACAUUUUUUAGCUGAACGAGAACAGCUGCUUUUCAGACAUGAAACUGCCUUGAGUAAAAUUAAAGGUGUUGAAGAAGAAGUUCUUACACGAUUUCAAAUUAUAAAGGAGCAACGUGAAGCAGAAGUUGAACACUUAACUGAAGUUCUUAAGGAAAGGACUAAAGAAACCAAGAGGUUAAGGUCAUCUUUCGAUGCAUUGAAAGAACUGAAUGAUAGUUUAAAAAAACAGUUAAAUGAAGUAAGUGAAGAAAACAGGAAGAUGGAAAUUCAGGCUAAAAGAGUUCAAGCUCGUUUAGAUAAUUUACAGAGGAAGUAUGAAUUUAUGACAAUACAGAGAUUGAAAGGAAAUUCCCACUCUGCUCAUGAAAUGAAAAGUUUAAAACAAGAAAAAAUACCAAUUUCAAAAACUUGUAAGGUACCACUUAAUGCACAAGUUUAUGAGCUUUUAACUAUGUUCAUGGACUGGAUUUCAGAUCACCACCUUAGUAAACUGAGAAAUGAAGAAUUUGGAAUGGAAGGUGAAAAGCUGCUAAUUAAAUGUGCUUCUCAGAGAAAUGAUAUUCAGGAGAAGUGUGUAAAGCUUUUGCCUGUGAUUGCUGAGCAGCUGCAGUGGAUGCCAUUUGUGAAUGCCAAAUAUCAUGAGCCUUUUAUAAAGUUUAUAUAUUGGUCACUAAGGCAGCUAGAUGCUGGAACACAGCAUUCAACUCUGACAUCAACAUUGAGAAGAUUGGGUGAAGACAUAUAUAAAGGAGUAGCAUCUAAAGGAAUUCAGGAUAAUUCCUUAGAGCAUGCUGUGGAAAAUAAGCCAAAAACAGCUGCUUUCUUUAAGAGCUCCAGUUUAUCUUUGAGAUUUUUAUCAACCUUAAUUGUUCUUAAAACAGUAACUCAAGCUGAUUACCUGGCUCAGGCAUUUGAUUCUCUUUGCUUGGACUUGAAGACAGAUGAAGGAAAAACCUUGUUUUUGGACUAUCAAGCUGUUCCAGUAAUUUUAGGUCAUCUAAGGAUAUCCAGUAAAGGACUCCUAUCCAAUGUCAUUGAUAGCUUGCUGCAGAUGACAGUGGAAUCUAAAUCCUUGCAGCCUUUUCUGGAAGCCUGUAGCAACACUUUAUUUUUCCGUACCUGCUCCGUGCUCCUUCGAACCCCUAAACUUGAUCUUCAAAUACUAGAAAAGCUCAGUAUUAUCUUACAGAAACUUUCCAAAAUCAAGAGUAAUAAGAAGCUCUUUGAACUCUUUACAAUUCAUCUGAUGCUGCAAGAAAUACAAAGGACAACACAUCCAGAGCAUGCCUUUCUCUGUAUUAACCUAAAUUCAACUCUGUUCAAUUUGGGUUUAACAAAAUGCAACUCCCUGGUCUCCAAUGCAAGCCAUUAG